AUGCCUUCCUACAUUGUGAUGUGCAAGGAUGACGCCACCCCCGAGCAGGUCGAGGCGGCCAAGCAGCACGCGCGCGACCAGGGCGGCAAGAUCGGGCACGAGUACACGCUGAUCAAGGGCUUCCAAGUAACUUUCCCUGAUGACAAGAUUGUCACGCUCGAGAACCAUGAGCACGUCAAGCAUGUUGAAAGGGACCAGGAGGUGAGGACAUGCUGA